AUGGAGGCCACCACUGGAUUGCCUGAAGCAGAUGAAAACCAGGAAGCAGCCGGUGAAGCGCCGGAGGCAGCAGCAGCAGCAACAUCAGCAGCAGCAGCAUCAACAGCAGCAGCAGCAGCAGCAGCAGCAGCAGCACCGCUGAGGGGCCUUUCGUAUGAACAGUGGUCAGAAGGAGAGUGGAAGGAGACGGCGCGGGUGGGGCAUCCAAUGCAGCAGUUCUUUACCUCUCACCAGCUGCAGCAGCAGCAGACGCAGCUGCAGCAGCAGCAGCAACAGCAGCAGCAGCUGCUGCAGCACCAGCAGCAACACCAGCAGCACCUGUACGCACAGCUCAGCACCGUCGCACGAAGCCUUUCUAACCCCUAUGGCCUCAGCAGCGAGACAGGCAGCUCUACGCGCCGGCACCUGCAGCAGCAGCAGCAGCAGCAGCAGCAGCAGCAGCAACAGCAGCAGCAGCAACAGCAACGGAACGGUGGUUUUUUGCCUGCAGCCCCGUCGACCUCUAUGCAGCUGCAGCUGAGGAAUGUCUACAGCAGCAGCAGCAGCAGCAGCAACAGUCAGCAGCGGUAUCAGCAGCAGCAGCAGCUGCAACAGCAGCAGCUGCAGCAGCAGCAGCUGCAGCAGCAGAAGCACACACAAAGCUGGGUAAGUGAAGAAGGCAUCCGAUGCCUCCAGGAAGAGCGCGUGGCUGCUCUGCUGCAGCAGCAGUUGCAGCAGCAGCAGCAAUUGCAGCAGCAACAGCUGCAGCUGCAGCAGCAGCAGCAGUUACAGCAGCACCAGCAGCUGCUGCAGCUGCAGCAGCAGCUGCAGCAGCAACAGCAGACUCCACGUCGAUUGCCUACGGGCACCUGGCUUCACCAGCGGCAGCAGCAAACUGCUGCAUACCCUCAGCAGCAGCAGCAGCAGCAGCAGCAGCAGCAGCAACCUAGGAGCCACGUAAUCCAGAGCAGCAGCAGCAGACCAGCGCGCGGGUCGCAGCAAGCGUUACGCAGCUCAGCAGCAGCAGAAGCAGCAGCACGAGCAGCAGCAGCAGCAGCAACAGCAACCCUGCAGCAGCAGCAGAAGCAGCAGACGCAACGGUGGAUGGGGGCGCAAAGGCUGAGGCCUCUGCCUACUCCCACACACGAGCAGCAGCAGCAGCAGCAGCUGCUGCAGCAGCUGCAGCAGCAGCAGCAGCACAAACUGCAGCAGCAGCAGGCAGCACAUGCAGUGGUUGGGUUCCCCCCCCGCGCUCCUCUGCAGGCUGCUGCUAAGCCAUCUGUGCGAAGCAGCAGCAGCAGCAAGCAGCAGCAGCAGCAGCAGCAGCAGCAGCAGAAGCAGCCCCGGACGCAGCAGACAGGAAAGGAAUUAGCUUCCAAGGGUUCUAUACGUUGGGCUUAUGCAGUGCAACUAACGCAGCAGCAGCAGCAGCAGCAGCAGCAGCAGCAGCAGCAACAGCAGCGGCAGUUGCUGCUGCAGCAACAACAGCACCCUGGAAGCCCACAGAGGCAACAUGAUCUGCAAGUGCCUGCUGCUGUUGCUGCUGCUACUGUUGCUGCUGCUGCUGCUGCUGCUGCUGCGCAGCAGCAGCAGCAGCAGCACUCGCACGUUAUACCACGAAGGGGCCAAUACAGAUUCCAUUCGCAGCAGCAGCAGCUGCAGCAGCAGCAGCAGCAGAGCCUGCGCAGCCCGCAGAGAACAGUUGUGCUUCCCUCACGGGUGGAGCAAGUGCAGCAGCAGCAGCGGCAGCAACAGCAGCAGCAGCAACAGCAGCAGCAGCAGCAGCGGCAGCGAGGCUGGCAGCAGCAGCAGCAACAGCACGAGCAGCAGCAGCAACAGCGCGAGCAGCAGCAGCAGCAGCAGCAGCAGCAGCAACACGGAGACCAGCAGCAGCAGUUGAACUGCGCAGCGAAUAUACAAACUCUGACUGAGGAAGACCCCACCAGGCCAACAGCAACAGCAGCAGCAGCAGCAGCAGCAGCAGCAGCAACAGCAACGCGAUGCCUCUUCGAUUGA